AUGACUCCGAGGCUAUCAUCCAAGCCUUCGGUUCGUCGCGUCGGAGGAACAGGGAAGAUCCACGUGACCGUCAGCCUCGACGGAGUUCCCUGUUGUAUGGAAGUCGACUCCGGAUCAUCCGUGACCAUCCUGUCAUCCCACACGUGGCAGCGGCUGUUCCCGACCAGAAGCCGGCGGCGUUUGAAAGCCGCAGAUACACAGGUGUCCGAUUUUCAGGGGAAGCUCAUUCCUCUGGCGGGGAGGGAUACCUUUACGGUUGAAUUUAAGGGCAAGUGUGCUGAGCUGUCUUGUCUAAUUGCUGAGGGAAACCGAGUGAACUUACUCGGAUUAGAGUGGUUUGAAUCACUAGGUAUAGCAAUUACCGGUGUGAACGCAGUAUCGGAAAAUAAAUGGUCUGUAUUGUAUAAAGAUUUUCCUGAUGUGUUCGGGGGUGGUCUUGGAAGGUACAAGGGGCCCCCAGUGUCUUUUGAGCUCGAUCCCUCUGUGACCCCAAUCCGUUUGAAAUACCGGAAGGUGCCUAUUCCGCUUAGGCCAAGGAUCGAAGCUGAGCUGGACAAGCUCAUUGCCCAGGGAGUGUUGGAACCAGUCCCAUUUAGCAAAUGGGAAACUCCUAUAGUCACGCCUAUUAAGUCAGACGGCUCUGUGCGUAUAUGCGCUGACUAUAAGUGUACGAUAAAUCGUGCCUUGCAGCAGCAUUCAUACCCCGUCCCAGUUAUCAGCCAUGUCUUGGCAUCCCUGGGAGGGGGAAAGGUGUUUGGAAAAUUCGACCUUGCCCAAGCCUACCAACAGCUGCCUGUGACCAGAGAGGCGGCUGAAACACAAACCAUCGUCACCCACAGGGGAGCUUUCAGGGUGAACCGUCUCCAAUUCGGUGUGAAUGUUGCCCCGGGUAUAUUCCAGGGGUUGAUGAAGGGGUUGCUCAGGGGGGUGCCUGGAACAGUUCCCUACUUUGAUGAUGUGCUAAUAGCUGGGGGGUUCGAUGAGGAGCUCAUUGGCAGGGUCAGGGAAGUACUGAAACGCUUCGCAGAAGCUGGCCUCAAGGCAUCGGUAGCGGCCCCGUUGCAUGCCCUACUACACAAAGAUGCAAAAUGGUGGUGGGGCACAGAACAGGAACGGGCGUUCGAAGGGGUCAAAGCGUUACUGGAUUCAAAUGCAGUGUUAACGCACUAUGACGACCAAAGGUUGUUGGUAUUGGCUGCAGACACGUCUCCUUUUGGGGUGAGGGCGGUGCUCAGUCACGUAAUGCCAAAUGGGAAGGAAGCCCCCGUUGCGUAUUAUUCUCGAUCCCUGUCAAGUGCGGAAAAGAAUUACGCACAAAUCGACAAGGAAGGACUAGCGCUUGUCUCUGCCGUGAAGAAAUUUCACGAUUUUUUGUAUGGGCGCAGAUUCCUGCUUGUAACUGACCACAAGCCCUUGUUGGGAAUAUUUGCCCCGGACCGGCAACUUCCCAACAUCAUGUCAGCCCGCAUGCUGAGGUGGGCUCUAUUUCUGUCUGCCUAUGACUAUGACCUGGAACACCGGCCGGGUAAAGCUAUUGGACAUGCAGACGCACUGAGUCGCUUCCCUCUGCCCGGCCAGGACUCAGACCCGGCUCCAGCUAACGAGGUGUUAGCAAUCGAUGAACUGGUCCAAGCCCUGAUUUCUUCAAAGGACAUUGUGGUUGCAUCUGCUAAGGACAUUGGAAUCUCCAGAGUCUUGAACUGGGUUUGGAGGGGGUGGCCUGUGGGGUCUGUGGAGCCGGAGUUUAAAAGUUACAAAAUGCGCCAAAACGAACUAUCAGUGUCCAAGGGAUGCUUGCUGUGGGGAAACCGGGUGGUGGUACCUCACAAACUAAGACAAAAGGUGCUGGAAUCACUUCAUGAGGGCCAUCCAGGCAUGGUCCACAUGAAAGCGCUAGCCCGCGGGUACGUGUGGUGGCCCGGGCUAUACGCGGACAUAGAGGAAUGGUAAGUGUUUGCUCGGAACUAUGCCAGUGGUCACUCGUGGCUCCCAGCCACUAUUACUGAUGUAAUUGGUACAAGAAUGUAUGUG